GAGUUUCUUGGUGUUGGCAGGUGCUUUCUCAAAAGCCCACAGUCCUCCACUUCCUGAGGAGGCAACAGAACAAAGCCCGCAGAGACUCCUCUCUUUCUGCCGUCCUACCUCAGCUGCCUCAGCCUCUGCCUCCGGCUCCAUCCUGGGGAAAGGACAUCAUGAAGUGGAAGGCGCUUGUCAUCGCGGCCAUCCUGCAGGCACAGUUCCCGGUGACAGAGGCACAGAGCUUCGGCCUGCUGGAUCCCAAACUCUGCUACCUGCUGGAUGGGAUCCUCUUCAUCUACGGUGUGGUUAUCACUGCCCUGUUCCUGAGAGCCAAGGUUGAUCAGCAUAUGGUGAGCAGAGCACUUGGUGACCUUUGGGGAUCCUCUCCACCCUCGUGGUCAUAUGGGUUCUCUGUGAUGUCCUCUGAGAUGAUGGUAUCAAGAUGGACCAGUUACCACCCCUCCCCAGGCCCCGCUCCAUUUGUUUUGCGAGCCACCGCCCAGAGGGAAACCAAACUCCCCAGUCCAGCUGGCCCCGUCCUCCUGAGGUUCCUCUGUCCCGUGGCUGACACUUUCCCUGUGUUUCAGGAGCUCAAUCUAGGACGGAGAGAGGAGUACGACGUUUUGGACAAGAGACGGGGCCGCGACCCUGAGAUGGGAGGAAAGCAGCGGAGGAAGAAUCCUCAGGAAGGCCUGUACAAUGCCCUGCAGAAAGAAAAGAUGGCCGAGGCCUACAGUGAAAUCGGGAUGAAGGGUGAGCGGCGGAGAGGCAAGGGGCACGAUGGCCUUUACCAGGGGCUCAGCACGGCCACCAAGGACACCUAUGAUGCCCUCCACAUGCAGACCCUGCCCCCUCGCUAACAGCCGGGGGAUCCCACCACGCACAGGCCAGACCUGCAGACACCCGGGCUGUGAGGGCCAGGAGAAGCACCUGCCACCCGGUUCACUCCUAUUUCUCAGCCUGCCACGGGAUCCCUCUUUAUGAACAGGAAGCUUUGGUCAUAUCUAAUCCCAGCCAUUGCUCGCAGAGCCUUGUCCCUGGACUGAGAGAGUGUGCCCCCAGGUUAUGGUUGUGGCCUUUUGGUUUGCUGGUUGUAGGCAGACCCUCUCCUGGUGCUCCAUGCUCAUGGGGAAAUGGCACGCUCCCCCUCAGCUGAGCCGUGGAAUCUUGUUUGCAAAGUCCCAGAGCAACCCUGAUGUUGCACACAUGCUAAUAGUCUGCAGUCUGUGUGGUUCUGUUGGUAUUUGAGCGGCUUUGCGACGGCUGUAAAUGUGGCUUCGUUUUCUCCUUCCGCUCCUUCCAAAGUAACUUGUAACUGUGCCUCCCUGUGGGAGGGCUGGAUGAGGCAGAUAGGAAGGGGGCCGGGGCAGGUGUGCUCUGGGGUGGAGGAGGCGGUCAGUGGGGAAGGGGAGAGGGCAGGGGAGUGAAUGGAGGGUCAGCCAGAGACCUGCGAGGGCCCUACGGGGACUGGAAGAUGCACAAGGUGGCCUUGCCAAGGUGGGCACAAACUGGUGUAAAAAACAUAGUCUGUGGCACCACACAGUAUGAAAAAAGCAGGAGGGUGGGAUACAGAGAGGGGAGCAAGAUGGCCUCUUCUCAGGCCCUUGGUUGGCCUCACGCUUCCAGUGAGUGGCGCUGCAUCGAGAAGGUCUCGAAAGCAGACUCCGUGUGGUGGACAAUGGCAGGACAGGCAACAGCUCAGUCAACAAACAUACUUUAGUAUUGCAGGGUGUGUGGCUGUGGGUAGAAUGCUCUCUGCUCAGCUUGUGUUUAAUUUAUACUGGCUUGUUAGAGCCUUGGUGUUGUGCAUAAUAAAUGCUUCAAUGAAAACGCU